AUGAACUUCGAGUGCCGCUCUCAGUUCAGGUCGGAAGGAUGUCAGUUGCCCUUGGUGGACGCCUCGAGGCGAUCCUAUGAUGGCGAAGUCCCGAACCCAGCCCAUGAUGUGGCAAUUGUGAUCCGAUUUUCCGCCAUUAUGACGGCGUCCAAAACGCCUCUCAACUUGGCUUCCACCAUGACCCUCCAAACUAAAGAACCCAAUGAAUCGAAGGAAUCAGUGUCGUCAACGAGUACAUUUGUCCCUCCAGCGGAAGCGGCCAGCUGGCUGGACACAACCCUUCAUGCCGGAAAUCUCAUCUUGACCACACUCACGCAAGCUGCUGCUGCUUCCCCGGACCCAUUUCUGAAGGUUGCUUCUGGAACUGCGCUGGUUAUCCUCACCACCGUUCAGGCAGUAAGGGAGAACAAAGAAAACUUUCGUCGGCUCGGUGCUGAUGUUUGCGGUGUCGUGUACAACAUCAACUGCGCUUACGAUAAGAGUGUAAAAAGUGGCAAGGACUUAUCGCAACAUAUGCGGGAGUGCCUUGUUGAGCUGAGUGGAACCCUUCAAUCCAUCAGUCUAUUCGUAGAGGCUCAGCUCAAACGAGGAAAACUCCUUCGCAUCGUCUUAAGUAAGGGGGAUCUAGGGAAGAUACAAGAGUACCGUGAGAGGCUGAAUGUAGCGAUGGCGCUCUUUGAGUUCCAAAACACCAUCAGCAUUCACGAAACGAUGGUCCAAAUGGCUGAACAACAAGCUGAGAUGCUCAAUGAAAUGCGCAAACACGCUGAUGAAGCAAAACGCGAACGAGAGGCGGAGAAAGGGAGGAUGGAGGACCCAACGGCCCUCGCCAUUCAGACGUCCUCUAUGAUCCCGUCACCCUCCUCCCAAACCCCACCGGUGUUUUUUGGACUCCCUUUGGUUUCGACGCCCAUUGCAACGGCGACCUUCACGCAAGUACAUGGCAAUCACGUUACGCGCAACGAUUCGCAGAUGACGACUAGCACGAAUUCGGGCAAUACGACUAUCACUACCACGAGUGAUUCGAAUAACGACAAUUCUGUAAGAGUUGCCAGAGGACCUCGGCGCCGUGGACCACGCAGAUGACAAUUGCCUCGAUAUUACUUGGCCAUUGAUUUGUUUAAUCUCAUCGUGGACACUUUGUGUAUCUCUCAAGGAUCUAGAACAGAUCGCCUUUAUCGGCGCCUCAGCACCCCGCCGUUCAUGCACGCUGCCCAAACCCAAGGCAACUAGUGCCACCACUCAAGCGAAGCAGCCCAACAAGCCCCAAUACGACGAAAAGUAUGUCAAGAGAUUCCUCGGAUUCUGGAAACAAGGCAAAAAUGACAGGAAAGCCUGUCUUGCUUUUGUAAAACUUCAUCCAGCAUUCCUGUUGGAUUACGUCUCUGUCCAUCUCGGUGUGUCCUCUAAGACCGCACUGGAUCUGUACGAACGUUAUGCGAGGGAGCGGCGUGGGGUGCAAAAGGAGAAGCAUAGGCUGGCGGAGGAAGCGGAAAAGCAGCGAGCUCAGGAAAGUGGAGGCGACGACGACAGCGAUUUGUUGGAUCAGAGUUCGUUGGAGUCACUUAGCGAAGAGGAGGACGAACCGAGCGACGGGAGUGACUAUCGAGCUACAACAAAAGCCCGCUCGAAGGGUACACCAGCAACAAACCGUUCCAAAGGCACCCCAGCGACUACGACCACGACUAAAUCUCUCCCUCCCUCAUCCGCCAAAUCGAUCCAAGACAAAGAUUCGCCUGCAGCUGCUGCAGCCGCAGCCGCCGCCUCCCAACUUCAAAUCGCCACGAAGCAUGUCCAUCAGCUCGAAGCAGACCUCUCCAAGCUGAAGAAGGAACGCAAUGGGAUGCUUCAGAGGGAAAAGGCGUACACAUUGAAAGCGAUAGCCGCGGCGAGCCAACCACCACCCCAACCUUCACUAGACGAGAUGACGAAGCUCAUUGAAGCGGAGCUACUCAAGCGGAAGGAGAUCUACCGGAAAGAGAUCGACUGACGCCGGUCGUCGAUUCCUGUUCAACCGCAACGAUCACCAUCCCACGAACGUCCCUCGGAUUACACAUGGCUGUCAGGGGCUUUUUAGAGACCAUGGCUGCGGAGGAGGGUACCUCGCGUGUGCUUGAUCUCUUGCAGUGGAUAACCGAGUUCUCGCACGCUGUCAAAGAGGUGGAUAAGGAUCAC